CUUGUACAGAGAAAUUUCCUUGGUGCGUAUUGGUGGCAACGUCGGUUCCGCGGUCACUUGGAAGGGUUGGCGGUGAAUCGGCUGUGACACCUUCGGCACAAACAUGGCGCUAGCAGCCGCCGCCAAGCGAGCGGCGGCUGAAGGCCUACCCGGAAUUCUCUGCAUACUGCGCUUGGGCAGGCUUGGCGUGCACACGACAUCAAGCGCGUUCAAUCCUGCGGAACCCAAGCCCGUGCCGCUUGCCAAGCUUAAGGACUCAUUCAAUGAGGGAACUAGUAUUACAUAUCUCGAGGAGCUGGAAGAGCGGUACCACAGGGACCCCAGCUCAGUGGACCGCACUUGGCAGGCCUUUUUCCGCAACUUGGACCAGGGCGUAUCUGGCGAGGCCAUGGCCGAGGCGUUCGAUGCUUUCGAAAAAGGGAAAUUGCACAUGUCUCCAUUUUCUGCAGCGGCAGUCUCCAAUCAGACAGUGCAGGAGAGCAUGCGUCUCCUGCUGCUUAUUCGCGCUUACCAGGUGCUGGGGCACUUCGCAGCAGACCUCGACCCGCUGGGUAUAAGCGGCCACGCUCACCCACCGGAGCUGGAUCCAUCGUUCUGGGGCUUCAAGGAGACGGACCUGGAUAGGGAGUUUUACAUCGGCAACUGGAACCAGGCUGGUUUCCUUGCGGAGGGCCGCCCCAUGCGGACGCUUCGUGAAAUGCUCACGCGCCUGCAGGAAACCUACUGCAGUAACAUUGGAUACGAGUACAUGCACAUUCCGGAGCGCGACAAAUGUAACUGGAUCCGCGAGCGCAUCGAGACAAUUGAUAAGGUCCAAUUCACCAAGGCGCAGAAGCAGCACAUGCUGGACCGUCUGGCUUGGUCGGACAUGUUCGAGACGUUCCUGGCCAACAAGUACACGGCGGCCAAGCGCUUCGGCCUCGAGGGCGCUGAGAGCCUCAUUCCGGGCAUGAAGACCAUCAUUGACACGGCGGCGGACCUGGGUGUGCAGUCGGUGGUCAUUGGCAUGCCGCACAGAGGUCGGCUUAACGUGUUGGCCAACGUGGUGCGGAAGCCGCUGGCACAGAUCUUUAGCGAGUUCACGGGCAAGAUGCACGAGGCGCACGAGGGCGAGUACACGGGCAGCGGUGACGUCAAGUACCAUCUGGGAACCAGCUACAACCGGCCCACUGUCAACGGCAAGAUGGUGCACCUCUCCCUGGUGGCCAACCCCUCGCACCUGGAAGCCGUGAACACGGUGGUGCUCGGAAAGACCCGUGGCAAGCAGUACUACAGUGACGACCAUGAACGACUGCGCAACAUGGCCAUCCUGCUGCACGGUGAUGGUGCAUUCAGCGGCCAGGGUAUUGUGUAUGAGACUCUGGACAUGUCGGGGCUGCCGGACUACACGGUGGGCGGCACCAUCCAUCUGGUGGUCAACAACCAGGUCGCUUUUACAACCGACCCCAAGGACUCGCGCUCCUCGCCCUACUGCACCGAUGUAGCUAAGAGCCUCAACUGCCCCAUCUUCCAUGUCAACGCGGAUGACGUGGAGAGUGUCGUGCGGGUGUGCCAGCUGGCGGCGGAGUGGCGCCAGGCCUGGAAGUCAGACGUGGUGGUCGAUCUGGUGUGUUACCGCAAGCACGGCCACAAUGAGAUCGAUGAGCCCAUGUUUACUCAGCCGCUCAUGUACAAGAAGAUCAAGGCCAAGAAGCACAGCCAUGAGAUGUAUGCGGAGCGGUUGCUGGAGGAGGGCACUUUCACGAAGGAGGAGAUUCGUGCCAUCCAUGACAAGAUUCAGUCGCUGCUCAACGAGUCAUUCGAGGCGGCCAAGGACUACAAACCCCAGAAGAAGGACUGGCUGGCCAGCCACUGGCACGGUUUCAUGUCGCCGGCGCAGAUGUCGCGCAUCCGCAACACGGGCGUGCCGGCCGACCUGCUGCGAACCGUGGGUCACGCCAUCACGGCGCUGCCUGAGGACUUCAUCGCACACCGCCAGAUCCGCAAGGUGUAUGAGCAGCGCCGCUCCAUGGUCGACACAGGCGAGGGUGUGGAUUGGGCUAUGGCUGAGGCACUGGCAUUCGCGACCUUGCUGUCAGAGGGUAACCACGUGCGUCUGAGCGGCCAGGACGUGGAGCGUGGCACCUUCAGCCACCGCCACGCGGUACUGCACGACCAGAACACGGGUGGCAAGUACGUGCCGCUGAACCACGUGUUUCCCGGCCAAACGAACAACAGCUUCACAGUGUGCAACUCCUCGCUGUCGGAGUUUGGUGUGCUGGGUUUCGAGUUGGGCUACAGCAUGGAGAGCCCCAACAGCUUGGUGCUCUGGGAGGCGCAGUUUGGGGACUUUGCAAACGGCGCGCAGAUCAUCUUUGACCAGUUCCUAUCUUCUGGUGAGGCCAAGUGGCUGCGUCAAAGCGGCCUGGUGUGCCUGCUGCCCCACGGCUACGACGGCCAAGGUCCGGAGCAUAGCAGCGCCCGCCUCGAGCGCUUCCUGCAGAUGUGCGACGAGAACCCGUACGACAUGCCGCACCACGAUGAGGCGCAGUGGUUCACGGGCGGCCACCUGGGCACGCAGAUCCAGCGUGCCAACUGGCAGGUCGUCAACUGCACCACGCCCGCAAACUACUUCCACGUGCUGCGGCGCCAGGUGCAUCGUCAGUUCCGCAAGCCGCUCAUCGUGAUGAGCCCCAAGAACCUGCUGCGCCACCCCAUGUGCAAGUCGCCACUACGUGAAUUUGACGACCAGCCGGAUGAUGCCAACAUUGUGGGCGUGCGAUUUAAGCGCGUCAUCAUGGACGAUACGGGUCUCUUGCCCAAGGACCGUGGUCCACGGCCUCCCCAGGAACCCGACGUGAAGCGCGUCGUGUUCUGCUCAGGCAAGGUCUUCUACGACCUGCACGCGGAACGCGAGAAGCAGGGCAAGGAGGGCGUGGUCGCUAUUGUUCGUGUGGAGCAACUGGCGCCUUUCCCCUUCGACCUCGUUUGCCGUGAGAUCCGGCGCUACCCCAAUGCGCAGCUGCUGUGGUGCCAGGAGGAGCCUAUGAACAUGGGUGCCUAUCUCCACGUGCAGCCGCGCUUCGAUACGUGCCUGCGGGAGGAGGGCAAGCCUAUGCUGGGCAGGAUGCCAUAUGCUGGUCGCCCGCCCAUGGCGGCCACGGCUACGGGCUUUGGCGAUGUGCACGCCCGGGAGCAGGCCAAACUCAUCAAAGAUGCGCUCGACGUGAACUACUGUUACCCUUGAACGACCUGUAGCGCGGGAAUGGGCGAGCGGUGGACGGCCAAAGGUCUCGAACAUCUGUUCCCGCAAAAGACCUAAGGCAGCAGCCGCACUGUUAAGAGUGAUGUGUACGUGCUCCAAAGAUGCAGUGCCCGCGGUUUGCCGGGGCGGCAUUGUACGAGGCGAAGUUGCGAAGCGGGACGGCACCAGGCCUUUGGCAGUGCCUCUCUUCGCAAGCCAGCAAAUGUGUUGUUCCGUUGCAACCUUCCGUCCUGGGCGUCAAAAGGGGCGUUGUCACUUGUCGCCAGCGAGCUGGUCACUGAUUUGGCCGAAUGUCUUCGUCAGCGGAUUUGAGUAACUACGACAGCUGCUGGCUGCAAUGUGCAGAAGUCAGCAUGGUUGAGUGGGCGGUGUGUGUUUCCGCCUGGGAAUACCCGCAGAUGUCGCCCGCUUAGACGGUGAUGUCGUGCCAUGGUGAAAGCAUGUGUUUCCUCGUGUGACAUUAGACAGUGUGCUAGUUUCUGGCUCAAACGGCUUUUACUUUGGCGACGUGCUUCCUGCAUGGUCUUUCUGUACGCCGACGCUGCCGCGCGCCUCCUCUUCGCGCGCGAGCGCACUGGUGCCCUUGGUAGACAGGGCAUGCGGCAGCUGCGUUCCAGGCUUACCGUACCCAUCUGCUGUCUUUGUUAUAGUGCGUUUAUGGUAGAUGAAAAGUGCAGGUGUGUGCAGGCGUGGUCAUGUCCUCCCGAGUGCAUUGACACAUGCAGUCGCACAACACAUUCUUUCGUUAGGCAAACUGUUUGUCAACGGCAUGUUGGUAUGCCGUAACGUCGCAUCGACAAGCGUUAUCCAGCCCCCUCCAUCUAGCUGCACACGUGGUCUUGACGCUCCGAAUAUUGCGCGUGGGAGGCGGGAAACGGAGGAACGGGGGAGGCAGGUAUUCAAAGUCUCGCAUAUUGUGGGAUGGAUGCCUGGAGGGACAGGGAGACAGAUUGUCGAUCCUGGUUGCGGUGAUCCUCUUGACUUAAUCGCCAUGAUCCACACAGAGGCUGUGUACAGGUAAUUAAGAGAGCUGAAGGUGCUGCCACAACGAAUCCAGUGUACUAACCCUGGAAGAACCGUUGAGGGGAUCACAGUACUGCCAACGAAUUGUGCUGCUAUUAUUUCAGGAAGUCAUAACGAAGGCGUUAACUAUGGAUGUAUAUUUUGCUGAUC